AUGGGUAGUGGAUUUAUUUUUCUUCUAAUAAAAUACAUUUUUGUGAUUUAUUUUUUAAAUUACUGUAAGAGCAAAAAAAGGAAUAAACAAAAUAAUACACUUUUUUUAAAUACUUAUUAUUCCGAUAAUGGCAAUACUAAAGAUACAAAGCGAAGAAGAAAAUUAUUAUUACUAGACAAUAAAAUAAAUAUAAUAUGUAAUUUUUUAAGUUAUAAAAAUAAAUUAAAUUAUGGAAAGCAAAAUGAGAUUAAGGAUAAUUUAGUUCCCAUUAGUUCCAAACUUUACAAAAAUGAGAAAAUUAAAAAGGACCAAAUAGAAAAUAAAGAGUUGAACGAUUUUGAAAAACAAAAAAUAAACUAUAUAAAAAAAAUUAUUAAUGAAAAAGAAACAAUUUAUGCUUUAAGUUCAGGAACAAAUUUAAGUGCAAUUUCAAUAAUACGAAUUUCAGGUUCUUUAAGUAAAAUCAUUUUAGAAAUAUUAUUACAUAAAGAUGCAGAAAAGGAUGUAGAAAAGGAUGUAGAAAAAAAGGGUGAUCAAAUAAAUUCAUAUUCUACACAAUUGUUAGAGAGGAAUGCUAAAAAAAAAAAAAAAAAAAAAAAAUGGAAUUUAGAAGAAAUUAUAAAAUUAAAGAAAAAUAUAGAAAGUAGAAAAUUAUAUUAUUCUAAAAUAUAUGACAAUUCAAAUGAUAUUAUUGAUAAUGUUAUGUAUGCAUAUUUUAAAUCUCCUAAUUCAUAUACAGGUGAAGAUGUUGUUGAAAUUUAUUGUCAUGGGAAUCCAUUUAUUGUGAAAGAGAUUAUGAAUGCUAUUGAUCAUAUAAAUAAUAUAAUGUAUGAAAUAAUAAAUGACGAAAAAGAAAAAGUAAAAAAUAAAGUAAAAAUAAAAAAUAAAAUAAAAAAGACAACACAUGAUGAGAAUUACAACUAUAACAAUGAUGAUUGGAACUAUUUCAAUCAAAUUGAACAAAAUCAAAUUGAACAAACAAUUUUUGAUUUGAAUAAUUUUGUAAAAAUCAGAGAAAGUAAAAAAGGUGAAUUUACUCUAAGAGCAUUUGAAAAUAAUAAAAUGAAUCUUCUACAAAUUGAAGGAUUAAAAGAAUUAUUAUUUUGUAAACAAAAAAUUCAAAAAAAAAUUGCUUUAAAUUAUUUAAAUGGAUAUGCUAAAAAUAUUUACCUAAAAUUGAGAAAUGAUAUAAAAAAACUAUUAAUAUAUAUACAAUUAAAAAUCGAUUUUGAAGAUGAUCAUAUUAUUACAAAAAAAAAAAAAAAAUAUAUUAACAUGUACAUAAAAAAAAAAGUAAAUAAUUCUAUUAAACAUAUAAAAGAAAUUUUAAAAAGAAAAAAUAUUGAAAGUUUAAAUACACCAUCUAAUGUUUUAAUUUUUGGAAAUGUAAAUGCUGGAAAAAGUACAUUUAUGAAUUAUAUUUGUAAUAGCGAUAUAUCUAUUGUCACAAAAAUAAAAGGAACAACCCUUGAUAUUAUACAAAAAACUGUUAAACUGUUUAAAAAUGAUUAUAAUUUUUGUGACUCCGCUGGGGUUGUCAAUCUGCCAAACUCCAAUUUAGUAGAUGCCAAAGUCGAACCAAGUAAACAUGUUGCCGAAAAAGCCCCCAAAAAAAGUGUGCAUAAAAAAUUAGAAUCAAUUGGAAUAAGGAAAACAUUACACUUUUUAGAAAAUUGCUCAUCUGUUUUUGUUUUGGUAAAUAUAAAUAAUUAUUUUAAUGAGCUUAUAAAUAUUAUAUCACUUUUAAAUGCAAAAUUUAUGAAAAAAAAAAAAAAAAUUCCCUACUUUUUUCUAUGUGUAAAUAAAUGUGAUUUGCAACCAAAUACAGAAAAACAUUUAAUGAUCAAAAAUAAUUUAAAGAGAAUGCUUUUAAAUUUAGAUUCACAUAUUUUUAAAAAAUUUAGUAAAAAAAUAUUUUUUAUAUCCUCAAAAAAGGGUUCCAAUAUAAAUAAAUUAUUAUCACAUUUUAAUAAGACCAUGAUAAGGAGACAAAAAAUGAAUAAUUCAUCUAUUACUGUUAAAAAUAAUGCAAAAAAAAACCACGCUCAAAAUAUAUACUUCCUUCCAUUUGAGAGACAUAAAAUAUAUUUAAAAGAAUCAUUAACACAUUUACGUUUUGUUCAAAAAAAUAUUAACAUAAUAGAUUUUGACAUCAUUGCAGAGGAAAUAAAAUUAGCUGUAAAACCUCUUUAUGAUAUAAUUGGAAAAAUUAGUAACAAACAAAUUUUAGCAAACAUAUUAGAUAAUUUUUGUAUUGGAAAAUAA